UAGCUAGUUGCAGGCAUUUGUCUCCAGUGGCUCUUUGACAGUAAACCAGAUUCUUGAUGAAAAGUCAUUAAAAAGCCAGAACGAUGAGGAGGAAACGGCGAUGUUGUCAGGAAGAGAUGUGAAAAUGUUUACACUUUCAGAGCAGCAGCAGAAGGACUUGGCGAAGAGCCUUGUAUCGUUCCUGUCGAGAUAUAAGCACAUAUCCGACUCUUACAUUAUUGAGUUUUUCAGUGAGAACCUGUGGGGAACACUACCUGAAGGAUGGCAGAAAGCUUUGAGAGAUUUAUCACCACCUCAGAUAGCAGACCUGCUGCUGGAAAGAGAGACCAAGAACAGAGUCUACCCUUGUGUGUGGCCUCUAUCUUUACUGGCACUACGGGCCACAGCUCACACACUGGCAUUUCCUCGGAUGUCUCCAACCUACUGGUCCAAGGACAUGGUAAAGGCAGAUGAAUUUCACUCCAACUGCAGUCAAAGCUCUCUGCUUGAUCAUAUAUUCCGCAAACAUGUGAAACCCAAGAAACAACAUGAGAUUCGUAAGCUUGGCAUGUUGGUUAAGCAGCUAUGUGACCAGACUCAGUGUAGCAGUGUGGUUGAUGUUGGGUCUGGGCAGGGCCAUUUGACCCGUUUCCUGUCAUUUGGGCUUGGUCUGAAUGUUACUGCUGUUGAGGCUGAUUCCAAUCUAGUUUCCAUGGCCUCCAAAUUUGAUGGACAGCUCCUGUCAACCUUGGCCAAAGAGAGUCGGAAGACAGGCAUCGCUCACACAACACCUGAUCCUGUACCCCGGCACAUAGUUGGCUGGGUCAACCCCAGAGACACCUGGGAGACUUUCCUUCAGCAGCUAGGGAAGAGGGAGAAAAACAGUGAGAGUUACCCAGGCACAGCAGGACCAUGUAAAAAGAGACAGCGGGUAUCGAUGACAUCAGGCAAGGAAUGUGAGCUUGAAACAGAGCUCGUUUGUGGAAGCCAGCACUUGUGCACAGGGGAAUGCAGUUUGGUAGCUUAUGCUGAUGAGAAUCCAGCUAGGUCUGUUCUUCAGCAACAUGAAAGGGAAAGCAAUGACUGUGUACCUCUGUCAGACACUGUGAUGGAAGAACAUCCUCUGGGAUGGACUUCAUCCAUACAUCCUGAGGUCUGUUCUAGUGUUAAAGAACCAACGUGCUCGGAUUUUGUACUGACUGGACUUCAUGCUUGCGGUGACCUUAGUGCUACUCUACUCCGCCAUUUUGCUCAUUGCCCCCAUGUUCGAGGAAUCACCUCUGUAGCAUGCUGCUAUAUGAAAAUCACUACCAAGGAAAACCCUACGCCUCCUGGAGUCAUCCUCCCCUCUCUGUCUGAUAACACAAAUGAAGUAUCCCAAUCAGAAUAUGGCUACCCAAUGAGUGAGUGGGUGAGACAGUUGCCUGGACACGAGCUAUCCUAUAAGGCCCGUGAGGGAGCAUGCCAUGCAGUCGAGGACUAUCUUCAUAGGUUGAGAGAUGAGAGCUCAUUACUGAAAACACACUGCUACCGAGCGACCCUGGAGACCAUCAUCAGAGCAGAGAGGCCUCAGCUACGCAGAGCAGGCAUCCAGACCAUUAAAAAAGCCCAUAUGCUACCUUUCACAGAGUAUGCCCGUCUGGGGCUCACCCGUGUUGGCUUGCCUGCUGACCUGACCUUUGACCCUGUCAGCGUGGAAGGCCUGCUGGAGCAGCAGGGCAGAGUGGUGGUAUAUUUCAGCUUGGCUCUGCUGCUGGCUCCGGUUGUGGAGACUCUGGUUCUUCUGGACAGAAUGCUCUUCCUGCAGGAGAGAGGUUUUCAGAGCCAGCUGAUCCCACUGUUUGAUCCAGCACUUUCACCCCGAAACCUUGUGCUGGUGGCAAUGAAACCCAAAGAAGAUGGAGAAGAGGUCAUUUAGUAGAACAAUUCAAACCAGUCAUCUGCAUUUUAAUGUCCAGAAUCCCCAAAAUGUCCAAGACUGGAUUUGCUUAAAGGGAAAGUUCACUGAUGGGACUCAAGUGUGUUUAUUAGUGAAAUUAUGUUGUUUAAAUGAAGUGCUUUGAAUUUUAAAACACUUUUUAAACCUGCUGACAAGUAUUUUCUGCUAAGUUGUACUGGCAUUUUAUGGUUUUAUCUGCUUUACUGAACAAAAUCAGGUCCAGAACUCAGUAUAACAGUCAAAAUUCUUAAUAACAGUACAUAUUUUAAACUUUUUUUUUUUUUUAGCUUGGGAUUAAGAUGAAAUCUUGUCCAGAAAAGUGAAAUCUCCCCGGAUGUUUAUGCCUGUUGUAAGUUAUGUCUAAAUUGCAUCUGAGAGUGAUGUUAUUGAUUUUAUUUUAUUUUGAUAUAGCUUUUUAAUACAUGUUGGUUUCACUGUGUCUGUCAUUUUGUUAGCAAUUAUCUAAGACAACCUACAAAAGAAUAAUCCUCUUUGGCCCACAGAGGAAAUUGUAUAGACCCCAACAGUUCUCUCAUAGUUACCAGAGUGAAUGUGUUUUACAGGUUGUUUUACAUUAAUGCCUCUGAUUAAUUACCAGAUUUGAUACACAAUUAACAUACUGGAAGUAC